AUGUCCAACGACCCGAUGGACCUCGCGCGCUUCAGCGCGGGUGGCGCCAUCGCGUGGCGCAUUGACGUGCUCGAAGUGUCGUACAUGACCCAGCUCAUCGUCAACUGGGGGCUCAUGGCCAUCCCGUUCCCGUUCAUGUACCUCGUCGUCCGCAAGCUCUCCAACUAA